AUGACUCCAGUGCCCUUCCUUGUAAGUCCUUUCUCUCCUCUGAGUUAUGACUUAAUGCUGUUUCUUCUUUUCCCUGAUGUAGACCCUGGACCUGGCAUGCAGAAGCCUCAGCUCUUGGUUCCUGUCAUGGCCACUCCAAAUGGAACUCUGGUCCAUCCAGCAUACUUCCUGCUGGUGGGAAUUCCUGGCCUGGGGCCUGACAUACACUUUUGGCUGGCUUUCCCCCUGUGCUUUAUGUAUGCCAUGGCCACCCUGGGAAACCUGGCCAUUGUCCUCAUCAUCCGUGUGGAAAGGCGUCUGCAUGAGCCCAUGUACCUCUUCCUGGCCAUGCUUUCCACUAUUGAUCUAGUCCUGUCUUCUGUCACCAUGCCCAAGAUGGCCAGCCUCUUCCUGACAGGCAUCCAGGAGAUAGGAUUCAAUGUUUGUCUGGCCCAGAUGUUCCUUAUCCAUGCUCUGUCAGCCAUGGAGUCAGCUGUCCUGCUGGCUAUGGCUUUUGACCGCUUUGUGGCCAUCUGUCAUCCACUGCGGCAUGCUUCUGUGCUCACAGGAUCUACUGUGGCCAAGAUUGGACUAGCUGCCCUGACCAGGGGAUUUGUUUUCUUCUUCCCUCUGCCCUUCAUCCUGAAGCGGUUGUCCUACUGCCAAACACAUAUGGUCACACACUCCUUCUGUCUGCACCAAGAUAUUAUGAAGUUGUCCUGUUCUGACACCAGGGUCAAUGUAGUAUAUGGACUCUUCAUUAUCCUCUCAGUCAUGGGUGUGGACUCCCUCUUCAUUGGCUUCUCCUACAUUCUUAUCCUGAAGACUGUGUUGGAGCUGGCUUCUCAGGGGGCAGCACUCAAGGCUUUCAAUACCUGCAUCUCCCAUCUCUGUGCUGUCCUGGUCUUCUAUGUGCCCCUCAUUGGGCUCUCAGUGGUGCACAGGCUGGGGGGCCCUACCUCCCUGCUCCAUGUGAUUAUGGCUAAUAUCUAUUUGCUACUACCACCUGUGGUCAACCCUGUUGUCUAUGGAGCCAAAACCAAGGAGAUCCGUUCACGGGUCCUCCAUAUGUUCUCACAGGGUGGCAGGUGA